UUAGCGGUUCCAGGGUCUUUGGGCUCCGUCCGACGAUCCGGAAUACGGGUUGGGACUCGGGCGACGGACAAGGAAGGCUUAGGGUCGGGAACAUUCGCUGCCUGUGAGGCCGGCCUGGAGACUUCGGUGCCCGGGACGGCCGGGUCGCUCAGCUGUCAUCAUUUGACUCCGUCCCCCGAGUCCGAUGGCGGCGCCCGCGCCCAUGGACCCGGCGCAGGUUUCCAUGGUUGCAGAAGUGUUUUUGGAACCUACACAGGGAAGUGUGACUUUUGAGGAUGUGGCCCUCUAUUUCUCCUGGGAGGAAUGGGAUCUCUUAGAUGAGGAUCAGAGAUGCCUGUACCAUGAUGUGAUGCUGGAGAACUUUGUACUCACAUCCUCUCUAGGUUGUUGGCAUGGAGUGGAAGAUGAGGAGGUACCUUCCAAAGAGAGCAUUUCUGUAGGAGUGUCACAGAUUGGGACUCUUAGGUCAGGUUCAUUUCCCCAGAAGGCUCAGCCCUUUGAACUGCAUGGCUCAAUCUUGAGAAACAUUUUGCAUUUGGCUGAACACCAGGGCACAUAUCUUGGGGAAAAACCAUAUACAUGUUGGAAACAAUUCUUUGUAGCUGCCAACCUUCAACAAUACCAGGGUCAGCACACUAGAGAGAUACCCGUUAGAAGUCAUGUGGACAGAGGUUCAUUUAUAAAGAACUGUACAGUCCAUGUGUUAGGGAAGCCCUUUCCCAGUGAGGAGACAGGGAAGGACUUCUUAGCCAGCAUGGGAUUUCUCCAACAGGUCACUCCUACUGGGGAGAAGCCAAACAAUGAGUGUGAGGCUGUCUUUCACAGUGGAAAAAGUCAUCACAACUGUGGAGAAUGCAAGAAAGCCUUCAGCUGCACAGACAUACUUGCUCAGGACCAGAGAGUCAUCACUAGAGAAGGACUUUAUGAAUGUGGCAAAUGUGGGAAAGCCUGUACCCGAAGAUGUAACCUCAUUCAGCACCAGAAAGUCCACACUCGAGAAAGGCCUUAUGAAUGUAGUGAAUGUGGGAAAUUCUUUACCUAUUAUUCCAGUUUCAUUAUUCAUCGGAGAGUUCACACAGGAGAAAGGCCGUACGAGUGCAAUGAAUGUGGGAAAUCCUUUAGCCAAAGCUACAGCCUCAAUAGCCAUAGGAAAGUUCACACUGGAGAGAAGCCUUACGAAUGCAGGGAAUGUGGAAAAUCUUUCAGCCAAAGGUCCAACCUCAUUCAACAUCAGAGAGUUCACACUGGAGAAAGGCCUUAUGAGUGCAGUGAAUGUGGGAAGUCUUUUAGCCAAAACUUCAGUCUCAUUUACCACAGGAGAGUUCACACUGGAGAAAGGCCUCAUCAGUGCAGUGAAUGUGGGAAAUCCUUUAGCCGAAGCUCCAGCCUCAUUCACCACAGGAGACUUCACACUGGAGAAAGACCUUAUGAGUGCAGUAAAUGUGGGAAAUCCUUUAAGCAGAGCUCCAGUUUCAGUUCGCAUCGGAAAGUCCACACAGGAGAAAGACCUUAUGAGUGUGGGGAAUGUGGAAAAUCCUUUAGCCAUAGCUCCAACCUCAAGAACCACUGGAGAGUUCACACUGGAGAAAGGCCUAUUGAGUGCAGUGAAUGUGGAAAGUCCUUUAGCUGUAAAUCUAACCUUGUUAAACACCUGAGAGUUCACACUGGAGAAAGGCCUUAUGAGUGUGGGGAAUGUGGAAAAUCCUUUAGCCAAAGCUCCAGCCUUAUUCAACACCGGAGAGUUCAUACUGGAAAGACGCCUAUUGAGUGCAGACAAUGUGGGAAAUCCUUUAGCUCCAAAUCUGACCUCAUUCAACACCAGAGACUUCAUACUAGAGAAAGGCCUUAGAUGUACAGAGAUGUGCAGUUUCCUUUAAGAUAAUUACACUGGAGGAGAGAAGUUGUGAAGAAGCCAUCUACCUAAAUUUAAGCCCAUACUACUGAAAAUCCACAGUGAGGAGAUCUCCCUUUAGUUGAAGAAUGUGUGAAUCUGUAAGGAGUUGUGUUAAGCUUUCUAACCUGUCUAGGGCUCUUGCCAGAUUUAUGUCACUCUCGGUUUUUGUGGAAGUGUUUUGUCACAUCUGCCACUCAGCAGGUUCACACAGUGUGCAUCAGAUACGUUAUAUACCCCUGCAAUGUGCUCAGGGAAGCUGACCUCUUUGCCUCCCCUUUUGCUGGAGGGAAAUCAUGUUAGUCUUAGCCCUUAUAGGGUCUUCAUUCUCUUCUCUUGUAGAAGUUAGGGCAUGGCCCAGUGGACCCAAUCUGAGUUCUGCUGGUAACUUGCCAAGAAGGACCACAUUUUCUAGGAUGUGCUAGUUAUGUGUGAUACUCCUCUUGGAUUUUCCUGUCUUCCAAGUCACCAACCUGGGAACUCCCUGCCUAAUAUUGCAUUGGACUUUGCAAUAAUAAAGAGAUUAUUUAAGCCACCUUUGAUCUUGGAGUUCUAUUCACUGUGUGAGGUGAAUUGAAAACAGCUGGGCUUUUCAGCAUUAAGGAGCAAACAGCUUUAUUGGGGUUCCCAGUGUUUUUGUGCCUCAGAGAUGACCGUCUGAUGAAAGAAAAUAGCUCUUUCCAGCUUUGGCCUAAUUUACAUUGUUACUGGAGGUCUCCUAGGAAAGACAGCAGGGCCUUAUCUUAAUUUGUGGACUGGCUAUCAGGAUUUUUUUUUUGGGGGGGGGGGCUCAGAGAACACUGUGAAAAGUCAGGAAGUUGUGACAACCUUCAGUGCUUCUGAAAACUACAUGACUUUCCUUUUUCACAGUGGAUGUCACAUAAUGGUCAGUAGUAUUCAGGGGAAUCUCUACUCUAGAUCCUAUGAAUGAGCCAUGUCCCCUAAUUCCCAGAAUUCACUAGGCUAGUGUCAUGGUGAGAAUUCAAGGCCCCGGAGAAACCAUAAUUGGUACAGUAACACUGCAGCAGAGAAGACUCCAGCAAAGUAGAUGGCAUGUGCCUCUUCUAACAUUGCAUCAACAAAUGAUCCAAUGACUGUGACUGCAGGAUCACUGUGCACAGAAAUUCUCAGGAUCUCCAUGUAUGUGGAUCUUUUAUGGCUGAGAUCUUUGUCAAAGAAAAUAAACUAUUGGUUUUGUGGAUUCCCAUAGCCUUUCUGGUAUGUUCACCUAAAGGCCAUUUCUACACAGAUAGGAAAACAAGCAGAGAAAGGAGAUCCCUUAGUUCCUCAAUGUAGCUCUGUGACCUAGCCAGCAUUCCCGUUGACUUUGAAAUAGAUUUAAUUGCUCAUAAAUAUUUGCUACCACUAAGGCAAGGCUGCUCCUCCUCCAAGGUCAUUAGGAAAGAGUCAAUAUGGGGCUACCAAACCUGAUUUUAUGAAAAGAGAGAGAGGUACAGGGUUUUGUGGGGUUUUUGAGGUUUUUUUGGAACUAUCUUGUAGAACUUUAUUCAGGUAUAGUUGUCAUGCAAAAUAGUGCACCUAUUUGAGGUGUACAGUUUGUUAACUUUGCCAUACAUAUAAACCCACAAAACUUGAUCAUAAUCAUGAUUUGUGAACAUGUCUGUCACCCCUAAUUUGCCUCAUGUAAUUUUAUAAUGUCUUUUCUCUCUACAGGCAACCUUUGAGUUACCUUCAUUUAUAAUAAAUUUGUAUUUUCUAGAAUUUUAUAUGAUCUGAGUCAUAAAAUGUUCGUUUUUUUUUUCCUGGUUUCAUGAUUUGUAAUUAUUUUGAGAUUCUUCAGUGAUGCUUACAUAAUUAUUUUGCUCUAUUGCUGCAUAGAAUCUUUAACAUGGAUAUACCAUUUGUUUAUCCACUCAUCUGUUAGAGGCCUUUAGGUGCCUCGUCUUGGCAUUGCAAAUAAAGCUGCUAGAACAUUUGUGUAUAAUUUAAUAUGUAUAUAUGUAUUUUUCUCUUCUCUUGUGUUAUAACUCAAAGUAAAAUGCCUGAGUCAUAGGAUAGGUGAAUGUUUGAAUGUUUAACUUAUUAAGAAACUACCAAACUGAUCUAAAAUGAUUUCUUUUGCUUUUGCAUACCCACCAGGAGUGCACAAGUGUUCCAGUUUUCAUGCUCUUGCCAGUACAUGGCAUCAUCAGUCUUUUCAUUCAGUCUUUUGAAUUUACCCUUUUAACAAGCAAGAAGCAAUUUUAACUGCAUUUCCCUAAGGAUUUAUGAUGUCAAAAAAUUUUUGCUUCUGUUCAUUUGUCAUCUGUGUAUCUUCUUGAUAAAAUGUCUGUUCAUAUCUA